AUGAGGCUAGCAGCCUCCUCCUCCUCCCCUCCUCAUUGGCAGUGGAUAUGUGGUGCUUUGCUUAACCAUCCAUUGCGCAGCUUGUCUGUCCUUUUCGUGCUUUGGAAGCUACUGUUGCUCCUGGCAAUUGUCGCCAGCCCAGGACCUGGAUACGACUCAUCUACUACUCUUCUGCCGUCCAUUGCAUCUCAGAAUGCCUCAGACCUGAUCUUGUUAAGCGUAAGAGCAGGAGCUGGCAGCGGGUGGUGGCCAUCAUCAUUGCUGAAGUUCGUGAGAUGGGACGCGAUUUAUUUCGUGAGCAUUGCCCAACGCGGUUAUCUGUUUGAGCAGGAAUGGGCGUUUGGAUACGGCUACACAAGAUUGCUCUCAGGUUUAUCUUCUGCCUUCUGGGGAGAUCGUGGUUCGCAUCCUGAUAGUCUCCACAUAGCGCUGACUGGUAUUGGACUCUCGCAUGUCUGUCAUUACUUGUCCGUACUCUCACUCUACGGACUAUCGAGAAACGUCUUUGGUAGUGGAGAUGGGGGUCGUGCUGUGCCUCUCCUAGCCGCAGUGCUCCAUACCAUCUCAUCUGCCGGUGCUUUUCUCUCAGCGCCUUAUGGAGAGCCUGUGUUCUCCUUGCUCAAUUUUACAGGUUUUUACGCGUAUGUUUCUGCGCUACACGAUGAUUGUCGUGGAUACAUGCUCGCAAGAGAUGUAAAAUUUCUUGUGGCAGGAGGGUUGUUUGCUGCCGUCACUACGAUCCGUAGCAAUGGCAUUUUGAGCGGGAUGCUAUUUGCGUACGAUGCGGUGUUGGGAUUGGCAAACAUUGCUUCAAGUGGAAUAUCGAUAUCCCAGAUUCACAGGAUGUUCUUUGUUAUACUUGGUGGAAGCUUGAUUCUGCUAGGGGUUGUUGGGCCUCAGUACCGUGCCUUUACAACAUACUGCCAAAAUGUGGACGUGCGAAGGAGUUGGUGUGAUAAUACCAUCCCAAGCAUUUACACGUUUGUCCAGAACCACUACUGGGGCAGCGGGGAGUUCCUGAGUUACUGGAAAAUAUCUAACCUGCCUCUUUUCUGUCUCGCAGCUCCCAUGCUCGUUCUAACGGGUAUUUCGUCUUGGUGGGCGUUCCAGUCACCUGUCGAUUUCGACGUGCGAUACAAAGAGCCAGGGAAACGUAGCGAAGAGGCUUCACGAGCGGAGCAUCGGCGUACAUGCCUUUCCAGACUCGCAAUUCCCCAGGGGGUGCUCGCAGCCCUCGUUCUGACGAACUCUCACGUCCAGAUUAUCAACCGUAUAUCUUCCGGAUACCCGUUGUGGUACUGGUAUAUAUGCUAUUGUGCCCUGGAAUACGGGCAUACCUUCCAUCAACUUUUCAACCCCCGUUUUCUAGUUCAGGGAAUGGUAUCUAUUGCACCAGAGACUCUUGGUUUCUUAAACCCUUCGACGUCAUACCAUCCUUCUUCGCCCCUUGCGAUUUCGCCCUUUUUCAACGCCAACAUGGAUUCCAGAGAACGCCUUUCAGAUCAUUUAGCUGCAGAUUUCACCUAUAGUGGAAACGAGACAUCGCGGGCAACGUCCCCAGGAGGGGAACCUGUUCGAAUCAACGGAGUGGUACUUGAGGAUCAGGUCAAAGAGGCACGAAAUAGACCGAGGACGUAUCCGUAUUUUAAAUAUCUACCCUAUCAAGUUGAGGAUGAGAGUGAGAGACAGUGCAACUUGGAGGAAAUCCUCAAGCACCUCUACAUCGCAGUUGAAUCGGGAGAUUUCAAUCCCGGGGCUGUACACUGGACACGUGAACUGAAAGGAUGGCUUUCUUUGAAGUUUGACCCGACAAGGGAGCAGCGGGUUAAAUUGGUAAAAUUUUAUUACGAACUUUCUCUAGCGCCAGGAAUCGACCCAAAUGUGGCAGAGAGAUUCGCUACCAUGUUUAUGCUUUUAACCAAGAGAAAGCAUUACCUUCGACCAGUCAAGGAUCUAAUACUUGACUGGAAACCCCUGUACAGAGAAAUCAAGGUGUUCGUUCUUCCUUCGCAAUCUGGCUUGGUCCACUCCACAAACUUAAAGAGGAAUAUCAAGACCUUGACGAAACUCUGUGCCUUUGCUCAGCCCUAUUUCGACCCCUUGGAGUUGCGGGCGAUACUGGAGGAAUUUCUCCCUCACUUCAGCGCUUCAUUUACUGAAGGGGCAUUCGUCGUUGCUGGCUUGAUAAACUUGUUCCUGCCAACAGCUCCUGCCCCGGAAGAUCGUGAAGAUCUUCUCCCACAAGAGUACCUCCCAACUUACCUCCAUCUUUGGUCCUUAAUGAACCGAUCUAGGACAUUUGAUGUAACUUUCAUAGAUCUCAUAUCGAGGAUAGCACGCGAUGCACUCCCCGCUAGCCAUAUUCCGUUCUCUGAGUUCGGAAUCUUCACCUCUGAGCAAACAUCACUCGUGUUUACCGCAAUUUUAAGACUACUGGAAAUUCCCGUUGGACAAGCAACCUCAACUUACAGCAGUGCCGUUGACGCUUCAUCAGGUCUGGGUAUGAUGCUUGAACGGGACCAUCGAAAACACCCAUUUACCCAUAAUAUCGCUCGAUGGAUAGUGAUGUCACUAUCGCCUGCAUGUCUUGAAUCCGAAGACUCUAUAUUGUCCAUGCUUGAGGGUUUGAUAGAGGCGGUGGAGACUUUCUUCCACCCCUCGAAUGCUGGCGGAUGGUCGAAAGCAUUGUCACAGCUUGUUUACUACCUCGCGGACUUCUUUGUGAUGCGGUGGAACAUGGAGCAUGACGAAGAAAUGGAAGUCACACCAGAGCGCAGAUUAAACGAUGCCUUGAAACGACGUUUCGUCCUGUGCCUUCGGGAGGUCACUUUUAUGGGAAUAUAUUCCAAGCUCGGACUCGCAAUGAACUUUGCGCUGUCCACCCUCCAAAGCUUGGCAUAUUUAGAACCGAACCUGAUUUUACCUGGUGCCCUACAAAGAAUUUACCCGUCUCUUCAGGGUUUGGUGGAAGUCCAUAGGACAACCUCUUCCCUUCGAUCUUUACAGGUUCUAUCGCGGUUGAUGGCGCGAACCAAGGGGUUCCGAUGCCAUAUCACCACACUGCUGGGAUUGGUCUUACCAGGAAUUGAUGCUAACGACCUGGAAAAGUCUUUGCAUUCAUUAGCUUUCAUACAAUCUGUUUGCUACAAUAUCCCUUUUGAAGAUCUUACUCGAGAUCGUGACGAUGUGAACGGAAAUAUGCUGGCUGUUCAGUGGAUAACUGGAGAGCUAGAAAGAAUGGAAAAUGAAGGAGCGUCUGUUGAGAUGAAUUAUGAUACAGAACUUACUAAUGAAGAGGAAGAAAUGAUCUUGCGGUCAUCCACUACCCAAUUUGGGGAAUUCUUGUUAUCCUUUCUCGGUAGAGUAUUUACUCUUCUCGAAAAUCUCCCAGACGCCGCUCGGGUUCGCAGCGGCUCUCCCGAGGAAAAUGUCGUGAAUACAUUACCUGCUACCCUUUUGCCUCUACUUGCAUCCCUUUCCCCAGAACUAUAUGAUCAAGCGUUGAACAAGAUUGUGAAUUUUGUUUCCGGUCAUGUUAUCCAUCAAGCCCGAGAUGCGAUGGCAUUUAUAUGCAACGCCGUUUGUAAAGUCAACCCUGAAAAAGCUCUGAAAGCUCUUGUUCCACUCUUAAUACAAUCUAUUCGUACCGAGAUAGAUGAGAAUGGUGCAGCCUCCACCAGGACUACUGGCUCAGACAUUCUGCCACGUGACCGCGGGUUGAUCUGGAAUGUUAGCAUGCUGAGCAUGUGUAUCGUUCACGUCGGCUCUGCCGUUUUGAAAUACAGGAAAGAACUCUUUGAUAUUGCCAUCUACAUGCAGCAGAAAUGCAAGGGUAUCCCUACUGUCCACGUGUCGAAUUUUAUCCAUCAUUUGCUUCUGAAUCUUACAGUAACAUAUGUUAUUGACCAUUCUCUGUACGAGCCGGAUAUCAAGGAAAGGGGAAUUCAGGUAGAACAAUGGGGACAGAGACAGGAUCCAAACCACCUAACCAUCAAAUGGCAUGUCCCACAACGAGAGGAACUUGAAUUCGCAGUCGAGCUUUUCAAAUCGCAGGCGGAGAACGCUCUAGAUCAGCUUACUUCCCUUACAUGUGAAACGCCAAAUAUAAACCGAGAUGGAAGUGGCAAAGAAUGGUCCGAUGAGGUGACGCGAAAGCUGGUUUUACUCAGGCUUAUCAUUUCUGGAAUGUCUAUAUUGUUUGAUAACAAGGCAGCUUCAAAGGAUACUAGUGGGCGGAACUGCUCCCUUGCGGAUCUCGAUGUCAGCAUGCCUGAUGCGAACGAUCAAUAUUCCAAUGAAGAAAGCGCUGAAGACGAUUCUGCAUUAGACGGCUCCGAUGACUCUGCUGUACGACAAACAUUCCAAUAUCCCACGGGAUACCUCUUGAAAGAAGACGACUCACUCUAUACCGAAAUCCAUGACAUUAGACGACGAGUUGGUGAAGUAUUACAUAACGUUCACCGGUUUCUGGUAGAAAAACAGGAAGAUGAUGUUUCGUGCUUCACUCCGUUGUAUACCGCCUAUCGUUCAUGGUUUGUGGAUGUGGGGAUAGAGAAAUCAGCCCAUGUUCUCGACCGGGUUACCAAACUUCUCGUGGCGGACUCCCAGCCAUACAAAGUGAGCGGCCUUCGUAAAGAUUACCCUCGGCCUCUACUUGUUCGUCGUGCGAACGUGUACCAUGUGCAAAGGCUUCGGCAUAAUGCGGCCCCACGACCUCGAUCCAAACUCGAUGAGACGCUUCUAUUUGACCUCGCUGAGUCGAGUAUCUCGCUAUACACUGAUAUAAGACGAAGCGCCCAAGGAGCCAGUGAAUCUGCCCUCAAAGCAAUUUGGGGAUCAAGGUUACUUAUUAUUCCGACAUUGAUCAAAGCAUUACAAAACGCCAUCAAGACAAACGAUUACCGCCGUUUAAAGGGUGCCAUAUACUCUAUCCUCUACAGCAGCAUUGCCAAACCCGUGGGCCGCCAUUGGAAGUACGCUCCUGCCCUCAUCAAAGCAUUUAUAGAAGCCAGCGCCGUUGACAAGCCGUCGAUUCAAAGGCUUUGUUCCGGAGUUGUCUACCAGAUUAUGGACUACGGACGUCCACUGGAGCGAAUGGCAGUGCUUGACCAAGGCAUUAUAAAAUCUAUCGCGCCAAAGAGCGACGUGCAAGCCAUAGUCAAUAAUAAACGGGAAAUUAUUCAAAAGAAGCGAGCUUUGAUAGAGCAGAAGAAGGCCGAGCUUUCAGAAGAGCUGACUGAUAUGGCACGUGUAUCUCAUUGGAAAAUGGCCAGCAGGGCUGCGGCAAUUGUGAUUGGCAUGGGCUUGAGAUUUGAUUACGUCGCAAGCGAGAACUUGGUAAAUCUCAUCAUAAUGGGAUCUAUCGACUCUCACCCGAGCCUGAGAGGCUUAUACUCCCAAACCCUUGUUGCUCUGUUUACCAUGGUAGACGUGAGGGCAGUCUGUAACCAUAAGUAUGAAGACUACAUCAUGGGUGUUCAACGUUUCCCUGCCAAAAUCCAAGUCCCCACUCAACCAUAUAAGAGGGGUUGGACCGAAGAAUACCUUGCAAGUUUUGCUAAACCCGAGGCGGAAUACUAUGUCGACCAUGAUUAUCCUGGCUGGCUUGUUUGGGGAAAGACUAUGCCAGCCUAUAGAUCCAAUGUCAAGCAGGAUAUCGAGUACGACGAGCUUGAAUGGAAUGUUCGCAAACAAAUGGGGAAACUAUGUACUCGCGAGUGGUUUAGCACGUUCUUCAAAUAUUUGAAGCAGGAACCAAGGGAUGCCUACGCGGAUAAAUUUCGCAUGUCAAGCGCCAUGACGCUACUCUAUGUGUUCGAGCUCAUGUUGAGAGAUGAGCUAACAGCCGCGACGUUUGAGGAGAUCAAAGAGGAGAUCGCCCUUGUUUUUGAAGAUGGAAGUGAUAAGCAUCAGCAUCGUGCAACUGCAGAAAUACUGGGAGCUCUUAUCGGCUCUGUCACAGAUACGAGCGUGGACAAACGAACUCUAGUAUGGGAAUACGCUUUUCCGAUUGUUCGCCAAAUAUUUUCAGAUGGUCUUACCCCAGAAAAUUCCGGAUAUUGGACAACCUUUUUGCAUAUGGUAAUGCAAUGUAGAGAUCCGCGUCGCCUAUGGCCUCUCGUGGAUUGGUUGACUAGCUUCCGACUAGAUAUGAACUCAAAUGCGGCGUUUAAGGAAAGCUCGAAAAUCAACUUACUUCAUCAAUGCAUCCUGGACUUCGGUUGGCACUUCCAAUUAGAGAAGUCGAUUGUUGCUGAUUUCCUUGCCCAUCUUGAUCAUCCUUAUAAAGGAGUUCGUGAAGCGAUGGGUCAUACCCUGGGAGCGAUAUACCGAACUAGGUAUCACGAGUCAUAUGCUGAUAUAGACCAGCUGAUUCAGGCGCAAAAAGAAGCCUCAUCCAUUGGCAGCCAUCCAUACAAGCCCACCAAGGAAUUUGCAGACACAGUGGUCGAUAUAUUCAACCGGCUGGAAAAAUGGCGCCAUGAAAGAUCUCCUGGCCAGCAAACUCCAUCUUCAUAUACUUCGGGAAGCAAAACCGUUCUUCUCUGGCUAGAUUCCACAUUGUCAUCACACGAAUGCACUCAGCUUCUCCAGUUCUUUCCAGGCACUUUUACGGAAGAACUUUUGCAUAUGAUGGACGUCAAAGAGGAUCAGGAAUUACAGAGGCUCGCAUACCAUGUCUUCCGCCACCUUUCGAAUGUUCCUCAUCCUUCUGGAGAUGAUUCCGAGUUCGUGGAAGCUUUGACACGUAUCGGCCUUACGUCUCCUUCGUGGCAUCAACGUCUUCGCGUCAUGAUUAACAUCCAAAUCAUGUAUUUCCGCCGUCUUUUCCUGUUGCCAAAAGCUGACCGUGACAAGCUUUUCGAUUGCAUUGCCUGCAUGCUCGAGGAUACUCAACCUGAAGUCCGGUCUGGCGCUUCUGCAACGCUUUCUGGCAUGAUCCGCUGCUCUCCCGCGCGAUUACGCACCGAUAUGGUACUCAAAUUACGCGACCGGUUCACAAAAGCACUUGUCGACAAUCCACUCCCGAAGAAACCUCGUCGUCUUGGCUCCGGUGUGUCUUCAGGUGUUUCCACUGGCGCGAGCACUCCUAACCCUGAGCAUACCCGGCUUGUUCUCACAAGGCAUGCGGCAGUCCUUGGAUUAGGGGCCCUCAUACAAGCUUUCCCCUACGCUAGUCCUCCGCCACAGUGGAUGCCGGGGGUUUUAAUCACCCUGAGCAACAAAGCCGCAGGUGAUCCAGGAAUCGUUGGGCAGGGUGUGAAGUCUAUCAUCAGUGAGUUCAAGAAAACGAGGCAAGACACCUGGCAUAUCGAUGUCAAGGCUUUCGAACCAGACCAAGUCGAAGACCUUGCGGGUGUCCUAUGGAAGAGCUAUUUUGCCUAA